AUGCUGAAAAUUGUAUUUCUUGUAGAUCACGCAUGGACGUAUCGGGUGGAAAGCGCCCGGCAGCAGCUGCUGGAGAUUCCUGGCCUGCUGAUCCGGAUGGCCAGUCUGAUGGGUUUGCCUUUUCACGGAGAGGCUCCUGAUCCAGACAUCGUGGAUCUGGUCCUGGACAACAUGUGGAAAUACAAUCAAACCUAUCAGCUUUCCCAGGGGUCUGCAGAAGAAAAGGUUCCUGUGUGGUACAUCAUGGAUGAAUUUGGAUCUCAGGUUCAGCACUCUUCCCAGCCAACUUGCUGUAUGGCUCCUCUGUUCUACGCUCCACAACAGAUCGCUUACUCAGUGCUGUGGCCACUGCAAGACUUGGAGAAUGGAGGUAAAGAAUGUUCAGGGAUACAGAGUACCAAGGGAUAUGUUAUGUCUCCAGACAUGGAUAAGGACCAGGGAGGGGAAGAAGUGAUGACAUUAGAUAUGUUCCUUCAUACCCAUCAGGACUUAACCUGUUUGUGUCUCUCUCAGGUGGUGAGUAAGUACUUGGAGGACCCUGUGCUGUUUCACAGAGAGGAGGUGGGCAUGGUGAAGUUUGACAUCCGCUACAUGGUGCUGCUGCGCUCUGUGGAACCUCUGCGUCUUUAUUCAUAUGAUGUCUUCUGGCUGCGUUUUGCUAACAAACCUUUCUCGCUGGAUCACUUUGAUGACUAUCAGAAGCACUACACUGUGAUGAACUACGCUGCUGAUGUGCAGCUCAAACAGAUUCACUAUGAUGAAUUUAUCCCCAUGUUUGAGAGCCAGUAUCCGCAGUAUCCAUGGAAACAGGUUGAGGCGGAUAUCUUUAAAGCAUUUUCAGAGCUCUUCCAAGCAGCUUCCUGCCGCCCUGCUCCAUAUGGGAUCUGUGCAUACCCAUCCUCCAGAGCCAUAUACGCCAUUGACCUCAUGCUCAAAUGGGACCGGAUGACAGAAGGAGAACGUGUGAUACAGCCUCAAAUACUGGAGGUGAAUUUUUGCCCAGACUGUGAGCGGGCCUGUCGUUAUCAUCCCAAGUUUUACGACCACAUGUUCCAAACACUGUUCCUGGAUCAGAUAGAACAGUGUCCUGUCACUCAAAUUUUAUGACCAACUUGCACUAAAAUAAAGAUGACUAAC